AUGUUCGACAAAUACUCCUACGGAAGAAGUGCAGGAAAAAAUAAGGGCCAAAGGGGUACAGCUAUUGGAGCUAUGGCUGAGAACGGUAUACUACCAGGCUGCACCAAGCUAGUCCUUUGUGGCAAAAGGGAGAAGAAUAUGUACCACCAAGAUAUGGACCACCAAUUCUUUGAGCAGUGGCUGGAAAACUCAGUACCACAUAUGCAAGAGUGGGCAGGAGAGAGGCGCGUAACUCUAAUCAUAGAUAACGCCCCAUAUCACAGUAGACAGCUGCUCAAAGUCCCCACGGCCCGGUCCACCAAAAAAUGCAUAAGCGAUUAUCUGGUAGCAAAAGGAGUGCCAAUAGGCACUAAGAGCACAAAAUCAAAUCUUUUGGCAGAGCUCCAACUCUUCAUAUCUUCGGAAGGUGGUUUGAGCGUUGUCCGCGAGUACGCGGUUGACCGUAGGUGCAGUGAAUUGGGCGUUAAUUUGAUAAGACUGCCUCCAUUCCACUGCAUGUUUAACUCCAUAGAGUCAUGUUGGGGACAAAUGAAAGCACAUCUCACCAAACACGGUAAGAUCACCGACAGACUGGAGAUGGUUAGCACACGUGCAGUGGAAUGGUUGGCCAACGUGCCUUCAUCACAGAAUCGUGGUGUUCCGUGA